AUGCCAAGCCAACUCAGUGUCGCCCGUCUGGGGCUCAUGUGCACUCUCCUCCUGUCGCUGCUCGUCGCGGUCAAAGCCCCAACUGGACACAACAGAGUGUGUGCCAUCUGCGCAUUAGACUGUCAUGAUCUUCGGGCCAGGAAUCUCAGGUGGAAUGGCAACAUGAUACAAAAGCCUUGCGGAGAGCUUCAUACGCCUGUGAACGGGUGCCCAAGCAUAGUCCCUGUCAAGGUGUACUUCUGCGGUGAAUGCGGAUCAACCGACUGGGUACCCGAUGGGAAGUGUAGGGGCCAACACAACGGUAGGGUCCCGCCUGAACGGAUCUUCCUCAAGUCCGAACCAGUGCCUGGGGAACCGCCAGCUGUUGUGGCAUCAUCAGUGGGGUCAAACGUUGUGUGGUCAUCAGCGGGGUCAAGCUCACCUUGA